AUGGGCGUGCUCUUCUCGUGUCCCGUGGAGGACGACGGCGAAUGCGGCCUCGUCGCGGCGUCGGCGGCGGCGGCGGAGGAGCAGCAGGCCACGUUCCUCAAGGCGUCGCUCGGCUCCGGCAAGCUCCGGAUCGAGGGCUCCCUCAGCUUCAAGCGGCUCCAGCUGGUGGAGCCCAAUAUCUCAAUCACCAGUGACUCGCCCCGCCCCGACGCCGUCGCGGUGACCGCGCCGGUCCCGGUGCCGAGGGAGCUCCUCCGGACGCGGUUCGCCGACGCGGCGGUUACGGCGGCGGCGCAGCCGGAGAGCCCCAAGCACGAGGCGGCGGCCGUGACGCUGCAGAAGGUGUACAAGAGCUUCCGGACGCGGCGCCGGCUCGCCGACUGCGCCGUGCUCGUGGAGCAGAACUGGUGGGAGCUGCUGGACUUCGCGCUGCUCAAGCGGAGCUCCGUCUCCUUCUUCGACAUCGAGCGGCAGGAGACCGCCGUGUCCAAGUGGGCGCGCGCCAGGACCAGGGCCGCCAAAGUCGGAAAAGGGCUGUCCAAGGAUGACAAGGCUCGGAAGCUCGCAUUGCAGCACUGGCUUGAAGCUAUUGACCCGCGUCACCGGUACGGCCACAACCUUCACUACUACUACGACUGCUGGCUGAGGUGCGAAAGCAGGGAGCCUUUCUUCUACUGGCUCGACAUAGGAGAGGGCAAGGAGAUCAACCUCGAGGAGCGGUGCCCGCGGUCGAAGCUUCUCAGUCAGUGCAUCAAGUAUCUUGGUCCGAAAGAGAGAGAGGACUAUGAGGUUGUGAUUGAGGAUGGCAAGUUCAUGUACAAGAACAGCAGGCAAAUCCUCGAUACGUCGGGCGGUCCGAGGGAUGCAAAGUGGAUCUUUGUGCUGAGCACAUCCAGGAAUCUGUAUGUUGGGCAGAAGAAAAAGGGCACAUUUCAGCAUUCUAGCUUUCUCGCCGGAGGCGCCGCGUCUGCUGCGGGGCGACUAGUUGUUGAAGAUGGAGUUCUGAAGGCUAUCUGGCCUCACAGUGGGCACUACCGCCCCACAGAAGAGAACUUCCAGGAAUUCCAGGACUUCCUCAGAGAGAACAAGGUUGAUCUCAGCGAUGUUAAGAUGAGCCCAACUGAAGAGGAUGAGGAGUUUUGGAGCAGGCUGAGAAGCAUCCCUUCUGAGCGGUGCACCGAUGCCGACAAACCCGAAGAAGAAAUGGUUCCUGCUGCAGAAACCAUCCCUUGCCUGGCACCUCAGGUCACUGAAGCUACACCUGAAAAUGUCAUCCAACUCCAAGAAACAAGCAAAGAUCAUAGCCAACCGGAGAUAUUAACAAGGCUGGAUUCAUCGAAAGGCGCUGUAAACAUCGAAAAAUCAACAAAUUCCAUGCCUGAAGAUCAUCAGGAAGAUAGCGACGAUGAUCAUUCAUCGGUGCCAAGGGAGAAGAUCAUUGGGAGAGUCAACUCAUAUCAGCUGGGGAAGCAAGGGUCCUUCAAGUGGACCACCGGCGCCGGACCCCGGAUCAUUUGCGUCAGGGACUACCCGCCGGAGCUCCAGCACCGGGCGCUGGAGGAGGUGCACCUGUCCCCGAGGAGGAGCGGCAGGCCGACGUCGAGGUUCUCGUCGCCGCAGAGGGGCGGCAGCCCGAUGUCGAGAGGGUGUGAACCGCUGACGCCGAGAGAGGCGUUCCAUGCCACGCACCUGCAGCAAGGAUUACUGAUCAGUUUAUGA